AUGACCGAGGGGGUCAUCUUGGUGGUUGCACUAGUGCGGAUCACCGUAAGCGUUAUCCGCCCUGAGCAGGCCGACUCCGACAUCAUCACCCUGGAAGUCGGAGGUGACAUGUCCAUCGAGCUUCUCAAAGCCAUCGUCGAAAGCGAAACCGCCAUUCCCCCCGAAGCUCAACAACUCGUCUAUAACAACCAGCUCCUUCAAAGCCCCUCGCAAACCCUCGACUCCAUCGGCAUCGGCGAGGGCGAUAUGCUCGGCGUCCACGUCACCCUCCGCGGCGCAGGUCCCAGUGCGGGUCGCCCUUCUCAGCCUCCCACAGCUCCCUCCGCCGGUCCCGGUUCCUCCAUGGCCCCGCGCCAGGCACCACCGCGACCCGGCAUGCCUGACCCGGAGACCAUCCGACUCCAUAUCCUCGGUGACCCACGUGUGCGCGAAGCGGUCCGAAGACAGAACCCAGACCUCGCCGCCGCCGCAGAUAACGCGGCGCGUUUCCGGGAGGUCCUUCUCUCGCAGCAGCAAAAUGAGGCUCGACAAGAGGCAGAGAAAGAGGCGAGGAUUGCAAUGUUGAACUCAGAUCCAUUCAAUCCAGAAAAUCAGCGAGAGAUUGAGGAAAUUAUUCGCCAGAACGCUGUGACGGAGAACUUGCAUAAUGCCAUGGAGCACCACCCAGAAUCAUUCGGCCGUGUCACAAUGCUCUACAUCCCCGUCGAAGUCAACGGCCACCGUCUCAACGCAUUCGUCGACUCCGGCGCCCAGGUCACAAUCAUGUCCCCGAAUGCGCAGUCGCUUGCAACAUCAUGCGCCUCGUCGACCGCCGCUACGGCGGGCGUAGGAACCGCCCCGAUCCUGGGCCGAGUACACUCGGCUCAGAUCAAGAUCGGGGAGAUGUUCCUGCCAUGCUCCUUCACCGUCAUGGAGGGUAAGCAGAUCGACUUGUUACUUGGAUUGGACAUGUUGCGCCGCCACCAAGCCUGUAUCGAUCUCCAGCGUGGCGCCCUUAUCAUCCAAGACCAGGCCGUCCCGUUCCUCGGCGAGGGCGAUAUCCCCAAGCACCUCACGGAAGAAUUCGAAGACGAACCGACGGUCAAGGGUUCCGAUGGCGCAGAAGUCGGCGCUCGCACGGGUGCGGUGACCCAUCAGGCGGGUCGUGAGGGUGGAGGCGCUUCUGCGUCUGCGUCUGCAUCUGCAUCUACGUCUACGCCUGCACCUGCAGCUGCGUCAUCAUCUGCUCCUGCGCCACGGAUCAAUAUCCGGCCUGCGGCAUCACGCUGGCCGGCAGACUCGAUUGCGAAGAUUACCGAGUUGGGAUUCACGCGGGAGGAGGCUAUGCGUGCGCUGGACGCCGCAAAUGGGGACUUAGAUGGCGCCAUUGGAUUUCUAAUCUGA